AUGUCAGAAUCAUCAAAUGACUUAUUGGUUAUCGGAGCUGGUCUACCAAGAACUGGUACAAAAAGUUUAAAAAAUGCUUUAGAAAUCAUUUAUCAUAAACCAUGUUAUCAUAUGACUGAAAUUAUAAUCAAACAACAUAAUGAUAUAGAUAAAUGGCAAAAACUAUUUGAUGAAGCAUUGAAAAUGGAACCAACUAAUGAAUUAAUGAUUAAUGAUGGUUUAAAAGAAAUUUUAAUGAAUUAUGGUGCAGUAACCGAUGUACCAGCAUGUGGAUUCUAUAAAGAAUUAAUGAAUAUAUAUCCGAAUGCGAAGGUUCUAUUAACAAUACGUGAUAAAUAUGAUUGGUUACAUAGUUUACGUAAAGUAGUGUUACCCAAAUCAAAUGAUCCAUGGAAACUAAAAAUUGAAGAAGGUGAUAAAGUCUUAGGACUUAAUUCAGAUUUCCAUAAAUUAACUGAAGACUCAUUAAAGUUUGCAUUUCAAAAAGAUGAUCUUGAUUUAGAUGAUGAUCAAGUACUCCUUGAAUGUUAUGAUGAAUAUAAUAGAUUGGUACAAGAAACUGUACCAUCAGAUCGUCUUCUAGUACUUCGUCUUGGUGAUGGUUGGGAACCAUUAUGUAAGUUCUUGAAUGUGGAGAUACCCAAUGGAAUAGCAUACCCUUGUGUGAAUUCUCAUUAUCAGAUGACACAAUUAACAGAACAAUUAAUUAAACAUCAAUCGUUAGAUGCAAUCAUACACAUGUUCCCCGAUUUGAUAUAA